GCAGUCAGAAGCAUCUGGACUCACUGCGAACACUUCUUUGUGCACUUAUUUAUGCAUCUCACACUAAAAGAGUGUUUUUAAGGGAGUGAAAUGAUGACUCCUCACUGCUGAAACAUCCACGGAGGGGUUAAAACUUUUCCUAAACACUCUCAGUGGAAGAAAACUCCUGGACCCUGGAGCUGCAACACUUGGAAAAAUAUUUGGGAAUUUUCUUUUUGGAGCUUUAACACAAAGGACAACCUACUUACUUUACAUUUCCACAGACAGUAUAAGCAAGAGUAAACCACCUCAGGAGAUCCAGGGUGAUUAAUCUGCCCACGGCUGUCCCUGCAGGAACAUUAUGGGAAUAUUGGAGUGAUUCUUUCUCGGGGCGGAGGGCUUUUGCUGGGCAGUGUUAUUUCAGAGCAGAGCUGAUCUGAAGGGCAGCAGGGGAAGCUAAAUGCGGCUGACUGGCGACCCUGCACCGGGAACCAUGAACAGCAGCAGCGGGUCUGGCAACUUUCUGCUGGUCCCCAUACCGGAGUAUCCCCUGCUGGACUGUGUGCCCAACAAGACGGUGAAGAUUGUGGUGCUGGGGGCGAGCAACGUCGGGAAAACCGCUCUGAUUGUCAGGUUUCUGACUAAAAGGUUCAUCGGGGAUUAUGAAGCAAACACUGGAGCGCUCUACUCCAGAAAGGUCACGCUGGAUGGGGAGGAAGUGUCACUUCAGAUCCAGGAUACUCCCUGUGUCGCUCUCCAGGAUGAUGCCGAGGGCCUGUACUGCCAGGAGCAGAUCAACAGGUCAAUCUACUGGGCAGACGGUUACGUACUGGUUUUCUCCAUCACAGACCACAACAGCUACCGCACCAUCCAGCCGCUGUACCAGCACGUCAGACGCAUACACCCCUCCGGAAACAUACCUGUUAUACUGGUUGGCAACAAGAGCGACCUGCUCAGAGCCCGACAAGUGCCGGCAGACGAGGGCGAGACGUUAGCAGCUUCACUAGGAGGAGUUUACUUUGAGGCCUCGGCCAGAGAGAACCACGAGGGAGUCCACGGCGCCUUCCUACAUCUCUGUCAGGAGGUGAUCCGGGUGUUGGGAGGAGGAAACGGGGAGAAGCGAAGAGGAGGCCUCCACCUGGCCAGACCCAAAUCUCCCAACAUGCAAGAGCUGAAGAGGAGGUUCAGGCAGGUCCUCUCCUCCAAAGUCAAGUCGGCCACAACUCUCUGAUUGUAGGAUUCGACCGAGAACGUAAAGCAAAGAUAAGAGCUUCCAUGAAGAUAAAGAGGUUCUAGUCCUUCUUUGAUGGUAGGCUGAAGACAAAGAGGCCUUGAUAUUGAAGACUUAUGACUUAUAGGUUUGGGAAUUGAAGCCGUUAAUGGCAUUAAAAGACAUGGCUGACCAUUUCUGUUGCGAUCAAAGCAUUUUAACAGAUCACAAGCGGUCGUCCUCAGACAAAAGCUGAAUGGAGCUUUCUGGAAGUGAAGCACUUCAAUGUUUUUUGGACAAAGCUCAUGGUCAACAUGACCUCAUCCCAGGCUUAAGUACAACAAGGAUGCUGCUCAAAGGGAACAUGUCAAAGACUGCUAAACAAACAGCUUGUGUUGUGUCAGAAACUUGGCUUGUUUACCAUGCAGGGCUGUGACUGUGACAGGGUCACCGUAAACCCUCCGACAGUUCAGUCUAAUGUCUCAGUUUUCUUGAGGCUGAAAAAUCACUCUCAAUACAUCACGAUAAAAGCGAUUUUAAAACAUUAAUUAAAAGAAUUUACUUCAUGGAACAACAGUUGUUUGAUGUCCUGUCAUAUGAUAUGGAGAUUCAUUUUACCCCUACUUGUUACAAUUGCCUUUAUGUCGGUUUUAAUUCAGAUUUUCCUUGUCUUUUUUGCAACUAAAUGAAGCUCAAAAGACUCCAUUUUGUUAAUCCACGUGAGAACAAUCCCAGAUUUCAAUUUUGCUGAUACCAAAUAAAUAAAAUGUAAGCCUGCAUCCCCUCGGUUUCAGACUCAGAGUCUUAUUGAGAAAGUAGUCUGAACCCAAAACAGGAAAUGACCCCAAAGCACAAACGUUUGAGGCUCUGCACUGAGACUAAUUCUGACAUUCGACAGGAAAGGAAGCCUAGCACAACAAAACAAAGCAAGGUCAAACUCCUGGCAUUUAUGGAAGUCUAUGGCGGCCAAUAAUAAAAUGGAAUCAUUUCAUCAGAUUGAAAUUUUUGUUUCCAUGUGUGCACAAUCUUUAUUGACAAGUAAGUCCAGAGGAUAACCUUGAUGUAAUGAAUGAUCAAUGAAUGAAUGAUAUAUAAAAUUGAAUGUAAAAUGUUUUAAUUUACAUUUUAAAAUCAUAUCAAAAUGAUGGUUGCUGGUUGAAAAGAGGACAAAAAGAGACGUUCAGAGCGAAUAUCACUCACUACUUUAAAUAGGGAUGUCACAAGAACCGAUACUUCGGUACCAACUCGAUGCCAAAGUUCUGAAAACGUUACGAUGCUUGUUUUAUUCUACAGCACCGUAGGUACUGGGGAUCCAGUUCUUCCCGACCUGAUGGGAAACUACCGGAACAGUCCAGUGACAAUCGCACAUGAUCUGCAGAUCACAAAGACAGACACUCUUUGGCACAUUUUACAAGCACGGACCAAAUAAAGACCAGAGUGAACAGCAGUAAAAACAACAGCUGGUGCCUAUGUCAUUCGGUACCACGUUGGUUUUGAUAGUUUAGUCAGGCUACGUCAUGAACAACAAACCUCUUUCACACGUGGCUACCUGCUGUUGUUAAUACAGAAUCACAACUUGUGUUUUUUGGCCGACUUUAUGAGUAGGUGUGUGUGUGUGUGUGUGAGUGGAAAAGAGUACUGAAGGGAAAAGCAAGGUGAGCCGAUUAAAGUAAUUUGUGAGUUAAGGGGCCACUGUUGUUAUUUUUUGUAAUGUUCAAAUGUGUGUAAGAUGAAGUACACAGGCUUUAUUCUUUUGUUUUUUACAGUGGUAUCGACUUGGUAUCAAGAAUCAAGGUAUUUUACUGGUAAUAGUAUUGUGACGUCCAUACUUUUAAACUAAAAUACAUGUUGAAAUCCUG